AUCACACGGACUAUAUAAAGCGCGACUCCAGCCUCUCGCAUUUCCAGAUCUUUCUUCUCGAUUUCCAAUUCCAAUGGCUUCUAGUGAUCAAGAUGUAACACUGCUCAGCUUUUGGGCCAGCCCCUUCUCGAUGCGAGCCAAGCUUGCACUGUUGCUCAAGGGCAUCGAGCACGAAGAUCUCCCCGAGGAUUUGGGCAACAAGAGCAAGAUCCUACUUGAGUCCAAUCCAGUUCACAAGAAGGUCCCGGUUCUCAUCCACAAGGGCAAGCCCAUCGCGGAGUCGGCCAUCAUCGUCCACUACAUCGACGAGGUUUGGCCUGGAACAUCGCCACUCUUGCCGAAAGACGCAUUCCUCCGCGCAGAGCACCGCUUCUGGAGCGAUUUCAUCGACAAGAAGCUGCUGGACUGCUUGAUGCGUUUCGUGCGCGGGAACGACAAAGAUGCCGCAAACGAGGAAUUCAUCGCCAACUGCGUGCUUCUCGAGGGGGCCUUGACGAAGCUGGGGAGUGAACAAGAGGGUCCCUUCUUGGGCGGCGCGAGCUUCUCCUUCUUAGAUGUGAUGCUCGCUCCCUACGCCCCCGGGGUUGUGGGAGUGAUGGGCUUGAAGCAUGCCAGCGAGGAGCAGUGCCCGCGUCUCCACAAGUUCUUCGAGGCCGUAUCCGAGCAUCCCGCUGCCAAGGGCGCACUGCCCCCGGUCGAGAAGCUCAAGGAAUUAAUCCGAAAUAAGUAGAAACCUUUGCAUGAAUAACACUUUUCCAGCCAUAUCUUGAUUGAGCAUAUGGUCAUUUUUAAUUGAUAGCUAAAACAUUGAUCAGACAACAUAAUGACAAUGUCACUACUGUUUGGAUUGAUCGCAUUCUACAAUUCUACUGUUCUCUCGAGACCUCAUUUUCCAAUCCAUUCCGGAUCCAUGGAAAGUGUGACGCUGCUCAGCUCCCGGGUGAGCCACUUUUCUCUGCGAGUAAAGAUUGCAUUGCUACUCAAAGGCAUCGAGCACGAUGAUCUCCCCCAGGACCUGAAGAACAAGGGCCAGCUCCUGCUCGAAUCCAAUCCAAUCCACAAGAAGUUCCCGGUUCUCAUCCACAACCAUUGUGGUUAUUGUUCAGUACAUCGACGAGGUCUGGCGCGGAGAAUCUCCUCUGCUGCCUCCGGACGCUUCCCUCCCCGCAGAGUAUCGCUUCUGGACGGAUUUCAUCGACAAGAAGCUUCUGGAUUGCUUGAUGCGAUUCAUGGCGUUCUCGUCCUUCGUGAAAUUCGGGCUGGGACGAGAUGCCAUGCGUGGAGACGCCAAGAACGAGGAGUUUAGCGAGAACUACGAGCUUCUCGAGGGAGCAUUCACGAAGCUGGGCAAUGAGGAAGAAGGCCCAUUCUUUGGCGGCGCGAGAAUGGCGUUCUUGGAUGUGAUGCUUGCCCCCUACGUGGUGUGGAUCCCAGGGAUUGUGGGCUUGAAACCCGCGAGCCAGGAACAGUGCCCGCGUCUCCACAACUUCUUCCAGGCCGUGCUCGCGCAUCCCGCUGCCAAGCUCGCGCUGCCCACAGUCGAGGCGCUCAAAGAGUUUCUCGUGGCUCGCUCCGCGGUGUACAGAGGAAAGUGAUUGAGAGAAAAAGGAAUAUGCUUAAUUUUAUUAGAAUAUUCUUUUA